AUGCAAGGAGUGGUGGUGAACAGAGGUCGAGGGAACAUCAUCAUCCCAGCAGAGCGCUGGCAGUACGUGCAGCAGCAGCUGGCGAUCAUUCGCAGCCAAAUACCACCCCCGAUGCCCAAAUCGCCCCCAGCACAACCACAGUUAGCGUGGCAGAGAGCAACACUAUCAGCAUCAGCACCACUAGCAGCACCACCAUCAGUCAACGGGGGAGCAUUUGCAGCAGCAGCAGCAACACUAGGGAGGGAUGGUACUCUAGUCGAUUUCCCUCACAGCAAUCCAGGGCUGCUUCGGCCGGAGCAACCAGCACCGAUCGCACCACCAACGGGGAACACAGCAACGCUGAUAUCCGCGCAGGGAGAUACAGUGAAUCUGGACAAGGGCGGCGAGGAGCAGCGCACAGAGGAGUGGUUCGCUCUCAGAGCCAACCGGCUGACAGCCAGCGCGUUUGAGAAGGCCGUGGGAUUCUUUCCAGGGGGGAGGCAGCAGCUGUGGGAGGAGAAGGUGGGCCUGAGGGCGCCGUUUGCUGGGAACGAGGCGACCGCGUGGGGGCAGGGGAGGGAGGAGGAGGCGCUGAGGGAGUAUGAGCGGCUUACAGGAGGGCACGUGGAGCAUAGAUCGUUCCAGAUAUACAGGGAUUCUGACCCAACCUUCUCAUGGCUCGGUGCAUCCCCCGAUGGUCUCCUCCCCUCCGACCCUCUCUCCCUGCACUCGUCCCCCCACUUGCCUGGCGUCCUCGAAAUCAAGUGCCCCUGGAACCGCGGUUUACCACUCUCAGCCGCUCCUUACCCCUCCGUACCGCACUACUACAUGCCCCAAAUCCAAGGCCUGCUAGAAAUAUUCGACCGAGAUUGGCUGGAUUUUUUCGUAUGGACAAAAAGGGGCGGCAGUGCACUGUGGAGGGUGGAAAGAGACGAAAAGUACUGGGGUUUACUGUUCACGGCGCUAGAGGAGUUUUGGUGGGUGCAUGUGGUACCUGCUAGGGAAGCCUUAAGAGAGGGACAAAAGGACGACGAGGUGAGGGAAAGGUUUUAUCCAGGACAGGCGCAUGUGCUCAUGAGGGAGAUAAAGAUGAGAAGUGAGCAGAUUUCGAAGGGGUGCCGAGUGGUGCUGAGGGGUGAUGCACAGAAUUAA